UAUACCUGUUAUUUUAUUUACGUUGGUCACGUCUCAGAUUUUGUUUGAUUCUGAAAUAUAGAAAACAAUUUUAGCGUUAUUAGCAUUAUCUGGUUAGUUUAGAGUUUUGAUUUUAUUCGUAGAAAUAAAAUUUUACUGGAGCAGUGAGAUGGCAUUUGUUAGUAACCACCUUGACCGAUGUAGCUUUUGCUCCAAUAUAUGCAAUAAGGAAUUCCAUCACGUGCUCAUCCCCUCUCACAAAGAGCAGUUAACUAUCCUGCAGAAGUUGAUCAGUUCCCAGCUGAGCAGUUAUCCCACAUGCGACAAAUGCCGCCAAGAAUUAAUGACCACCCACAACAUUCCCGAGAACUGCUUUCAAAUUUUCAGAGCCAAAUUGUCUGAUAACAUCAAGAUGGAACCGGAGUUAAUGAUUGAUGAUCACGAGCUGCUGGAUAGUGAACAUAUUUUUGAGAGAGACUCAAUAGUGGACUUUGGGCCGAUUGAAUUGCAAAUCAACAAAGGAAACGAGGAGAUGUCCUUCAUUAAGGAAAUGGACGAAGAAUACGACAAUACAUCAAUAAUUUCGGUGGCUAGGACAAAUACACAAAGAAAGUGUGAUUUGGAUUUGGGAAGUUCAGUUAAAACCAGCAUACGAUUGCACACGGGAGAGAAACCGUUUAAAUGCGAAAAGUGUGAAAAAACAUAUGUUGAAAAAUCCAAACUAAAAGUGCACAUUCGAACUCAUACAGGUGAACGUCCUUAUUCUUGUUCACAUUGCCCAAAGGCGUUUAUGAAUUCUACAAUGCUUCAACAGCAUAUUCGAACUCAUAUGGGUGAACGUCCGUAUUCUUGUCCGCAUUGUCCGAAAUCGUUUAAGACAUCUUCAACGCUUCGACUGCACAUUCGAACUCACACGGGAGAACGUCCCCAUCCCUGUUCCCAUUGUCCGAAAGCUUUUACGCAUCGUCGUGAUCUCCAACAUCACAUUCGGGUUCAUACAGGUGAACAAAGAACAAGUGACGCGGAUGAUCGUCCCUAUUCCUGUUCCCAUUGCUCGAAAGCGUUUAAGAAUCGUAAAGAUCUCCAACGGCACAUUCAAACUCAUACGGCGGAACGACCCUAUUCUUGUCCAAAUUGUGCGAAAGCGUUUAAGCAACCUUCAGCCCUUCGAGAGCACAUUCAAACUCAUACGGAAGAUCGUCCGUAUCCCUGUUCACAUUGUGCGAAAGCGUUUAAGAAUCGUAAAAAUCUGAAACAGCACAUUCGAUCUUGUACGGGCGAACGUCCAUACACUUGCCCACAUUGUCCAAAAGCGUUUAUACAACGUAUAGCACUAAAACAGCACAUCCGAAUCCAUACGGGUGAACGUCCCCAUACCUGUCCACAUUGCCCCAAAACGUUUGCGGAUCCUGCAGUAGCACGUAGGCACAUUAGGAUACACACCAAAGAGAAAUCAUACGUUUGCGAGUACUGUAAACGAGCUUUCAACCAGUCCUGUCACCUUACCGUACAUCUCCGUCGUCAGCACAACCAGAUCAAAUAGUAUCGGGCACCAUACGAGCAGUAAGCACGACCGGUUCGACAAAGAUACAGAUGGCUUGCGGCAGGAAUCACAAAUGUUGCGAACGAAGAACAACAUUAUAAUAAUAAAAGAACGAAAUAAAAAGUCACAGGAAGGUUCUGUCCGAGGCACGACCGCAUAGUUGACGUAGGAUUCCGUUGGGCUAUCUGUUAUAUGCUGAUUUUGGAUAUGUUCGAAGAAUUACAUCGUCUUUUUGAUAAUGAUUUGGUGGUCCUGAAAAGGGCGGUUUUAUUUGGUUGUUGGGUAUUGUUUUUUCACUCCAUCGGUGUUUACAACCGAGUGAUGUUGAUAGAUAGAUGGUGAUUAGUCGAUGGAUGGUGCGUAUCCAGAUGAAAGAUGCCGAUAUGGAAUGAGAUGUGAUGGAAGCCGCCCUCUGUGGCCCUAGACGAGAUGCCUCCUGUGUUCUGUAUGGAUAGGCUAACGGGACAUGAAACUGGAUGUAUUCCGAAGCGAAUUGAUUUUUAUAGUUUUUUUUUACCAAAAAAGAUAUUUUGCGAAUUCAGGGGUGUGUACGGACUUAUUGGUGACUAUUUCCAAUCGAUCAUUCAAUUUUCGUAAAUUCUUACAUUAUUUCCGAGUUAAAAGUGGCGUAAGAAUGCAGCGCAUUUCAAGCCUAAUUCUUUCGGUUGUGUUCUUUGGAGAAAACUAGAGAUGAAACUUUGUUCCACAACGCUUGUCCUUGCAGGCAAUAAUUUAUGUAGUUCAUUAUUAGAUAACACAAUUUUCAUUAUUAGAUAACCUAUUUUAAUCACGACUGAUUUUUUAGAAGGGCUUAUACAGUAUAAUUGAUUUUUCUCGUAAAAAAUUAGAUUUUUAGCGAUGUAUUCAAAAUGUUAUUUCUCCAAAAUAGUCCAUUGAUUUUCCAACAACUUUGCCAUGCAUCAUAUUUUAAUCAUACAUCUGGAGAUAUGGUUUUUCGCAAAGAAGUGUCAAAGAUUCUAGAUACCACCUAAUAAAAAAAAAUCAGUCGUUAUUAAAAUUGUUCAUCUGAUAAUGAAAAUAAUGAUUUGCGUGCAAAGUUCAAAAAAAAUGUGGAGAUUAGCAAACAAAAAACACAAUAUGUUCAAAAAAAAAACAAAAUAUGUUCGUUUCUUUGAACAGGAAGUUUUUUAGUCUCAUAUGGCGUCAGCCUUACGGGACCGGGGGUUCAACAUUUCGACAAUGUUUGCCUUACAACUAUGUUAGUAAUAUGUUACCGAUUACUCGCGGUUGGCUCGAGGUUAGUAUUACAAGUGUUUUCGUAAUUGUGAUGUUGCUGUCUCCAAUGCUCUGUACGUGUGCCCAACACGAGAUACUUCCUACUGGGAUGCAGCUGACCAUUAAUCAGCAACGCCCCCCUAGUUUGUACCUCAUAUUUAGCGUGGUGCGUCUUCUCGAUUCGAGGAAUCCAGGAUAGAAUGGUCACAUAGCCGGCACAAACAUCAGCUCGUGUAGAGUUGUUAUGAGCGGUACAGCCUUUGGCUCUCAAUUGACGAUUUUACGAUUCGGUCGUGAUUAUUCAUUUUAUUUCUAUUGACGAAUUUACGUUUGAUUUACAACCAGAUGGCGCAGCGAGUAAAAUGAUGAGGUUUUGCUUUUUUUCCGUUUCCGUUUAAAUACCAUAUUAAGUUGGCUGAUAUCAUUGAUUAUGUAGGAGCUGAUACGAGAAGGAUUUGCAGUAUUUUCAGCGCAACAAAUGUUACUCAUAGUUUACCUAGUUGAAACAAAAUUGAAGUUACUACACUUAUUCCAAGCCAUUCUCCAUAAUAUACUUACCACAUUGUAAAAUGAUGAUUUUCUAACCUUUUCAGUGUGGAAAGAAUACUUGAAUCCGGGAAAUUUGAAGGAAAAUGCGAGUUUUUCCAACAAAUUUCAACGGAUUGAAGAAUUUACGCAAAGCUGAAUCAGCUUAGGCGACAUCUACAUUAGAGCUCAGAACCACAAAAGUGAGGGUGUUUGUUUAUUUUACGCACUGAAAAGCAGGAUUCAGUCGCGAUUUUUCAUAUUAUUUCUGUUUAGAUUCAUUUCAACCAUUAAAUGUCGUCAGAAUAUGAUAAGAAAGUUAGGGCUUUGUAUAUUUACGAUGGCUUCAACACGCGAUUGGACUAAAGUCAUUGAUAAUCUUCGAAAAUUUCAAGUUUGAUGAUGCAUACAGGUUAUUAAUACUGUGGGUAAUGGGGAUGAAAUCAAUAUCAUAUUAAGUUGGAUGAUAUCAUUGAUAAUGUGAGGGCCGAUUCGAGAAGGAUUUGUAGUAUUUUUAGCACAACAAAUGCUACUCAUCAUUUACCUAGUUGAAAAAAAAUUAAAGUUAUAAUGCUUAUACCAAGCCAUUUUUCAAAAUAUAUAUACCACAUUGUAAAAUGGUGAUUUUCUAACCUAUUUAGAGUAAAACGAAUAUGUGAAACCGGGAAAUUUGAAGAUAAAUUCUGAUUUUUCUAGAAAAUUUGAACGAGUUUCAUACCAAAAAAACAAAACAUCUUCAUUUUACUCGCUGCGCCAUCUGGUUGUAAAUCCAACGUAAAUUCGUCAAUUGGUGAUCUAACGUACAAAUCUAAACCUAGGCGGCGCUGCGGUGAAAGUGAUGAUGGUUUUAAAUUUUGCAAUGUGAGCUUAUUGGCGAUCUAACGCAAAACGUAAACGAUCGGUGAGACAUCUGGAUUUUGUUUUUGAACUAAGAAAAUGAUGCUAAUGUAACCUAAAACUCAAAAACAAAUCACGUAUAUUUUACUUCCGGACUUUCCAAGGUAGUUCUCACAUGCAAGAACCAUACAUUUUUCAACUUGUUUUUGAUGGUGCUCUCCAUUUUCCGUCUUUGAUUCAACCAUUGUCAAUAUUUAUACAAUUUUCACUACUGAAAGAGAUAAGAAAAUAACAUGUUAUAUAUAAAAAUGCGCAGAAUUAAAUUUCUUAAAAACUCAUCGCAAUCAAAUAAUCUUUUAUGAUUAUAACAUUGUUAUUUAUGGAACGAACUACAAACCAAUUGGCGAUCUAACGCAAAACGUAAACGAUCGGUGAGACAUCUGGAUUUUGUUUUUGAACUAAGAAAAUGAUGCUAAUGUAACCUAAAACUCAAAAACAAUUCACGUAUAUUUUACUUCCGGGCUUUCCAAGGUAGUUCUCUCAUGCAGAAAUCGUACAUUUUUCUACUUGUGUUUGAUUGUGCUCUCGAAUUUCCUUCUUUAA